GCCCCCCUAGAGUGUGGUGGGCAGGUGAAGCGCAGCCUCCCAGGCCCUGGGGGCUGAGGUGGGAGUGAGCGCAGGUUCUUAUGGAAAAAAAUAAUGAAGAACAGUUAUCCACAGACUAAAGAGUAUUCCAAAUGAGGCAAGUGCUAGAUGAGAGUCAGCAAGUCUAAAAAGGUGAUCCAAGAAAAAGCCCAAAAUGACAAGUAGCCGACUGGAGAAGUCCAUGGGGGCUGUUCAGACGGGGUUAGUCAAGAUGCUUAAAGGCUUCCAAAGCAAGGUUUUGCCACCUUUGAGCCCGAAGGUGGUUACAGAAGACGAAACAAACCAAAUGCUGACACCCUCAGAGUUCCUGAAGGAAAUGUCCCUCACCACAGAGCAGAAACUGGCAAACACACGUGUGAUGUGCCGACCACAGAUCAUUGAACUUCUGGAUAUGGGGGAAACAACGCAUCAAAAGUUUUCAGGGAUUGACCUGGAUCAGGCAUUAUUUCAGCCCUUUCCAUCAGAAAUUGUGUUUCAGAAUUAUUCUCCCUGUGAGGUCUAUGAAGUCCCACUGGUUUUGAGGAACAAUGACAAGAUUCCAAGGAUGGUCAAGGUCAUUGAGGAAAGUUCCCCUUACUUCAAAGUAAUCAGCCCCAAAGAUAUUGGCCACAAAGUGGCUCCAGGAGUGCCAUCCACGUUCCGAAUCCUCUUCACGCCAGAGGAGAACAAGGAUUAUGCCCACCUGCUGACCUGUGUCACAGAAAGAGAGAAGUUCAUCGUGCCAAUCAAAGCGGUUGGGGCCCGAGCCAUCUUGGAUUUCCCCGACAAGCUGAAUUUUUCCACUUGCCCUGUCAAAUACAGCACCCAGAAGGUCCUGCUGGUACGAAACAUUGGCAACAAAGAGGCAAUCUUUCACCUCGAAACGAGAAGGCCCUUCUCCGUAGAGCCAUCUGCUGGUACUCUUAAUGUGGGCGAGACCAUGCAACUGGAAGUGGAGUUUGAGCCCCAGACCGUAGGCAGUCACUUCAGCAAACUUAUUGUGAGUUACGACACAGGUGAAAAGGUGUUUGUAUCUCUCUACGGAGCCGCCAUCGACAUGAACAUCCGGCUGGACAAGAACUCUUUGAUCAUUGAGAAAACCUACAUAUCUUUGGCCAGUCAGAGAACUGUCACCAUCCACAACCGCAGUAGCAUCAUCGCCCAUUUCCAGUGGAAGAUAUUUGCUAACCAGGAUGAGGAGGAUAGUGAAAAGAAUAGGGUCUGUGAUGAUCUGAUCCAAGAGCAAAAGAACGAGACUGACGAGUUUCUCGAAGAGUGUAUCCUUGAUCCUUCCCUCCGGGAACGUCUCGCCAUUCUCUCCCGCACCUUUGAGAAUCAGAGACGGCUGGUUCAGGAGGACAACAUGCUCUUCCUGAAUAACAUCUUCACUCUGGAGCCACUGGAAGGUGAUGUCUGGCCCAACUCUUCAGCUGAAAUUACGGUAUAUUUCAACCCUGUGGAAGCCAGGCUGUACCAACAGACUGUUUAUUGCAACAUUUCAGGCCGAGAGAUCCGCCUGCCUCUCCGAAUCAAAGGGGAAGGGAUGGGACCCCAGAUUCAUUUCAACUUUGAAUUGCUGGAUAUCGGGAAAGUUUUCAUUGGAUCCGUACAUUGCUAUGAGACGAUACUCACCAACAAAGGCAGCAUUGAUGCCCUCUUCAAUGUGAUGCCUCCAGCUACAGCGUUGGGGGCCUGUUUUGUCUUCAGUCCUAAAGAAGGCAUCCUUGAACCAAGCAGAGUCCAAGCCAUUCAGAUCUCCUUCAGUUCUUCCAUCGUGGGCUACUUCGAAGAGGAGUUCCUGAUCAAUGUCCAUGGGUCGCCUGAGCCUGUGAAAUUGACCAUUAGGGGCUGUGUCAUUGGACCCACCUUCCACUUUAAUGUUCCUGCCCUGAAUUUUGGCGAUGUUUCCUUUGGAUUUCCUCACACCUUAAUUUGUUCCCUCAACAAUACCUCCUUGGUCCCCAUGACCUUCAAACUGCGUGUCCCUGGGGACGGCCCCGGAAGUCCAAGUAUUUCCACUUGUGAGCAGCAGUCAGACAUCGAGAAGACGUCUUGGGACAAGGAAAGAACGCCCGCAGUGAAGCCAAGGGAAUUCACCAUCUCCCCCAGCUGUGGCACCAUUCGCCCCCAGGGAUUUGCUGCGAUUCGGGUGACCUUAUGCUCCAACACAGUGCAGAAAUAUGAGCUGGCCCUGGUGGUAGACGUGGAGGGCAUUGGAGAAGAAGUGCUGGCGCUCUUAAUUACAGCAAGGUGUGUUGUACCUGCACUUCGUUUGGUUUGGACUGAGGUGGACUUUGGCCGCUGCUUCCUAAAGUACCCGUAUAAGAAGUCAAUCCAGCUGAUCAAUCCAGAUGACCUCCCAGGAUUCUAUGAGGUUCUGCCUCAGCAGGUCUACAAGAAUGCACCUGGAGUGCUGCUCUCCAGCCCCAGCCCCUGUGGGCUCAUCCCUCCCCACAGCACCAUGGAUAUUCCUCUGGCCCUGGAGACGCAGGUCACUGGAGAACACUGGUCCAUAGUCCGCAUCUUCGUCUUCGGAAGCCCAGACCCUCCUAUGGUAUGUCGCAUAAAGAGCAUUGGAGAAGGCCCAGUUGUCUACGUACAUCCCACUAGCAUUGAUUUUGGCCAAAUCUAUGUCCUAAAGGACUCCUCCAAGGUGUUCUAUCUGUCCAACCAGUCCUUCAUCCCAGCAUCAUUCCAGGCUCGCAUGGCACGCAAAAAUUCGCUUUGGACCGUCGAGCCCACUAACGGCACCAUCCCUCCGGAAUCAGAGGUUCAGCUGGUGGUGACGGCCAACCUGGAUGACACAGUGCUAUUCAAAGACACGGUCAUCUUGGACAUCAAAAACAGCAGCACCUACCGGAUUCAAGUCCAGGCUUCAGGAAUUGGUUCCACCAUUGUUUCAGAUAAACCCUUUGCUCCCGAACUCAAUUUGGGAGCAUAUUUCAGCCUGGAUCCCUUUUAUUACCGCUUCAAGUUGGCCAAUAGGGGUCGCCGGGUCCAAAAGCUGUUCUGGAUGAACUACAGUUUUCUUGACACAAGUGACAAGAAGGACUUGAAGAAGGGCUGUGGUGAUGGACAGCUCAAUGCCAGUGACUACAAUAGCCCUGUGUUUCAGAUCCACCCCGUCAGGAUGGAAUUGUACCCGGGCCAGAUAAUCAAUGUAAUACUCGAAGGCUAUUCUGAUACUCCCAGGGUCGUCAAAGAGAAGCUGGUGUGCCAUGCCAUCAUCGGGGCACAGCGGGGAAAGAAUCUGGUGAUGAUUGUGAACGUCAUCUGUGAAUUCAUAGCUCCCCUUAUCCAGCUCUCCACCAAAGAGCUCAUCUACCGACUAGAGAAGAAACCUAACACUGUCCUGGAAUCUAAUUACCAGCCCUUGGCCAUAAAGAAUGUUUCCACCCUGCCUGUGCACAUACUGCUCUCCACAACUGGACCAUUUUUUAUAUGUGAAACUGAUAAGUCCCCUCUUCCCAUAGCUCCUGAGCCUAUUAAACUAGAGAUUGGUGAAGAAAAGAACCUGCUGGUCAAGUUUGACCCAUCCUGUAGAAAUGAUUUCAACAACUGGGUGGCAGAAGAAAUUCUAGCGAUUAAGUACGUGGAGCACCCUCAGGUCGACAGCCUGAGCCUGCGUGGGGAAGUGCAUUACCCCAACCUAAGCUUUGAGACCACCGAACUGGAUUUUGGCUGUAUCCUGAACGACACCGAGGUGAUCCGCUACGUCACCAUCACCAACAGCAGCCCCCUGGUCGUGAAGUUCCGCUGGUCCUUCCUCCUGGGAGCCGAGGAUAGUCAGAUACGGUUUUCGACAUGGCCGAGGAAGCUGUACAGCACAGACCCGUCCCAGGUGGAAUCCCUCGCCACCACCUCACCAUCUGGGAGCUCACAAGUGGCCCCCAUGCCACUGGAUUUCUCCGAGAUCAACUUAAAUGACUUUGUUAAGACCAUCCUGGUGCAUGAAGAUGAUGAGGACUCUGAGCGAGAGCCCAUGAAAUCUCAGCCGUUCGUCACCACCAGGGUUCUUCCAGAAGCCCAGAGUUCUUUCCUUGGGACCUUCAAAACUAAUUCUGCUGAAACAGAAAGAAUCUGCCCAAUCCAGAGCCAGGUGGAGUUUCAGGAAUCCCUGUGGAUUUUUGACCCAGAUGAAAUGCUUUCCCUUGGAAUAGAAGAGGUGUUUGACAUCUUGCCCCUCUACGGAGUGCUGCAGCCACACAGCAGCCACCAGAUGUCUUUCACCUUCUACGGGCACUGUGGCAUCAUGGCAAGCACCAAAGCUCUGUGCGAAGUAGAAGGAGGCCCCACCUAUGAAAUCACACUGAAGGGGGAAGCCUCCUUGGUCAGCUAUUCCUUUGACACCAAAGAAAUUAACUACGGACUGCAGCUGUUUGACCACGUCACGGAACGAGAAAUCACCCUGAAGAACACAGGGAAAGUCGGCUUUGAGUUCAGGGUUGUGAUUGACCACCAAUCUUCACCAGACAGCCUUCUGCCCGGAGUGCCACUCAUCCUGCCCAUCUCUGGUUUUAUUGAAUCGCACAAAGAGCAGGUGUUGAAGGUGUCCUACUUACCUGGCGUCCCUGGGGUCUUCCAUCGGAGUUUCCAGAUACAGAUCGCCCACCUGGACCCAGAAAAUAUCGUUCUGAAUGGAGAGGGAUUCUUUCCCCGAAUCUGCCUCGAUCUCCCCAGGAACCUCAAAGGAAAUGAAAAGUAUGAAACCUUCUUGAACCAGGCCAAAAAAAAUCUGGAGUAUGAAAAAUUUGAUACUCUCGCUCACUUAGAGAUGGUAGCAGAGGAGAUACCCGAGUUUGAAUCCACUGAGUUUAGUGCUCAUCUCCAGAUGGAAGUAGAGAGACUGAUAGUCCAAGGAUAUGCCCUAGAAUACCAGAAAACAAUUUCCCUCGAUUCCUUAGACUCCUCCCGGAUCCAUCGGAGUCGCCGCAAACUGGCCAAAGUUCAACUGCCAGAGUAUAUCCUGGACUUCGGCCACAUUGUCCUCGGGGACGUCCGAACCCACAUAAUCAAGAUCACCAACACCAGUCACUUCCCAGUGUCCUUUCAAGCAGAAAAGCGUGUCCUUCACGACACAGGCUUCAGUACUGAGCUAGACCGUGUGAAGAAUCUGCCGUACUGUGAAACAGAAACAUUUGAAGUGAGAUUUGACCCCCAAGGGGCCAAUCUAUCUAUCGGAAACAAAGAAGUUACAAUGCCCAUCAAGGUGGUUGGAGGGCCAGUAGUUCACAUCUGUCUCAAAGCCAACGUGACGAUCCCAAGUAUGACGCUGUCUUGUGGCAAAGUGGAGUUUGCCACAAUUCAGAAUGGGCAGUGCCUUGUGGAAACUGUCCAGCUUUCUAAUCAUCUUCAAGUCCCCUGUGAAUGGUUUGUCCACACUGUUAAGCCUGUUGACAAGCUGGGGAAGCACAUGCCGAAGUACUUACGACGGAAACUACAUGCUGAAUUAAAGCCGAAGACACGGAUCUUUGAGAUUCAACCCAUGUCUGGAGUCCUAGACCCUGGUGAGCGAUCCAACGUGCAAGUGAAAUUCAUGCCCAAAGAAGAGAAAUUCUACAGCCAGACGCUGAUGUUCCAGAUUGCCCAGAGCACUCAGAAGCUUACACUGCUGGCCCAGGGGCAAGGACUAGAGCCUCGCCUAGAAUUUAACCCUUCGGUUCUGGAGCUGGGGCCACUGCUGCCCUGUGCCCCCGGAGACGAGGCCGAGUUGGUGGUGAAGAAUCCCUGCAGCUUUCCCAUUGAGUUCUACUCCUUAGAAUUUGACCAGCAAUAUCUUAUAGAGGAGAAGAUGCUCCGGAAGCUCAAGGGCUAUGAUUCUUUCAACACCCUGCUGCUGCCUCCCCGCCCUCCUGGGGAGAAGCUGCCCACGGAGGUGUACGAGUACUUUAAGGAGUUGAAACGGUCGAAAGAGGAGCAGAUGAAGGCGAAGUAUAUGGAGAACCACUCGCAGGAGAACGAAGAGGAAGAGUGGCCCCCAUCAGACCAGGCAACUUCCGCCAGCACUAAGCGGACCUCGCUCAGCCAAGGAAUCUCUGUCACAUCCAACAUGGAAGAACGGCACAUCGCGAAGGUCGACUCCAAAACCUACCCCGAUGAGGAGGAGGAGGACGAGAGCUUGGAGAAGAUCGUGUUUCAAACUGACAAGCUACAGAGCAUCGACAGCCACUCUGUGGAGGAAGUUGGAGAAGUGGAAAACAACCCCGUAAACAAGGCUAUCGCCCGCCACUUGGGCAUUGACAUCUCCACAGAUGGCCGCCUGGCCAAGAACCGGAAGGGCAUUGCCAUUAUCGUCCACGGGACACCCCUCUCAGGAAAGUCCGCCGCUGCCGCCAGCAUAGCUAAGUACUACAACGCGGCCUGCCUGAACAUCGACUCCGUGGUGCUGGAAGCCAUCUCAGACGGGAGCAGCAUCCCAGGCAUUCGGGCCCGGGAGCUCUGCAUCAGGGCGGCCAUCGAGCAGUCCAUGAGAGAGGGCGAGGAGUCUGGCCAGGAUGGUUCUUUGAAUCCAAACACCGGGCAAAUGCGACUGAGCUAUGAGACCCUGGGCAAGUUCACGUCGGAAUCUACCCUGGUAACUCCGGAGAUGAUAAAAUCGACAAAGAGCAUGCGUGGGAGUGUGAUGAUCACCAAGAGCAAGGCGGAGAGCCACGGCUCUGGGUCGCAGAGGCAACAUCACAUGCACCUGUCCGAAACACCACAGGUCUCCUCCAGCCCCCUCCCCAUGGGGCCCACCCAGCGCCGGCUCAGCGUCAGCACCAGCAUCGGGGGCGAGACAGGACUGAUGAGCUGUGUGCUCCCCGAAGAGCUAUUCAUGCAGAUCCUGGUCGAACGCAUCCAGCUGAACGACUGCUACCGAGGGGUGGUGUUUGAUGGCCUUGACACGCUCUUUGCUCGGAGUGCUACCGCCACUCUCCUCUGCCUGCUGAAAGCCAUCGGCAACCGGGAGCACAUCUACGUUAUCAACAUGGCCCAAGAUUACGCUGCCAUGAAGGCCCAGGAGAAAGCUAAAAAGGAGCAAGAAGACCACAAACACCAGGAAGCUCUUCUGAAGGAGAAGGAGCGGCUCCAGAACAUGGAUGAGGAAGAAUAUGAUGCCUUGACAGAGGAGGAGAAGACCUUGUUCGACAGAGAAGUUCAGCGGACUCUCCGGGAGAGGAAAAAGAGGGAGCUGGAGAGGAUGGCGAGAGAGAUGCAGGAGAAGAAGCUGCAGCAGGAGCUCGAGCGGCAGCGGGAGGAAGACGAGCAGAAACGGAAGAUCAAAAGAGCCAAGCCGGGCCUGACAAAGGAGGAGGGCCCAGUGAAGAAACCGCAGGUCGUCGGCCGGCAGGGUCUUGUUUUUUCCAAACCAGAGGUGAAGAUGGAGGCAAUAGAAAGGAAAAUAUCUGUCAAGGAUCAAGGGCUGUCUGAGAAGGAUGAACUAAACAAGAAGAGAAAGAACCACGUGUCUGAACCCAGUUUCCCCGGGAACCUGCUUACCCAGGAAGAGGAAAGCGAGAGGGACUUGUCCGUGAAGGACACUGACAAGCACAUGGCCCAGAAGUUCAAGAAUUAUGAGCUGAGUUUAAAGGACGUCCAAAAUAUCCUCAUGUUUUGGGACCGGAAGCUGGGCAUCCAGCUGCAUCACGUAGGCACCGAAGACAUGUCCCAUGAGCAGGACGACCAGCGCCAGGUCCCUUCCGGGGGACGCAAAGGCCGCAAAGACCGGGAGAGGGAGCGCCUGGAGAAGGAGCGAGCGGAGAAGGAGCGGCUGGAGCGGGAGAAGGCCGAGAGGGAGCGGCUGGAGAAGCUGCGGGCAAUGGAGGAGCGCAGCGAGGAUGGGGAUGGGGACGAGGACCACGAGGGGAAGAAGGACGUGGGGGUGCCGUUCAUCAACAUCCAGACUCUAGACUUCGAAGGCUCCAGCUGGAAGCAGGCCCUGGAACAUGACAGGCUUCCCAAAGGAGAUCAGAUCCUAGACAUCUUAGGUCUGGGGACGUCAGGACCACCCAUCCCACCUCCUGCCUUGUUCUCGGUAGUCCCCUACCCUACGAAGCGCCUGCCUUUGGCCCCAUCGGAAAUCCUGAAGCGUUUCCUUUUUGUGAUGCCACAAUCGGAGGAGCUCGCCCUGAUGGAGGAUAAGAAAGACCUGGAGGCCGAGGGGGAGCUCUUGACCCCGACAAGCACCUCAAAGGCCCAAGAAGAGCAGACCACCCCAUCAAAGGGGAGCAGACAGAAACCAAAAGAAAAACUGGAGCAGUCCCGCGAGUCUCAGAAGGACAGGCGUCGCCUGCCUGUUAACAGGAAGGGGCUUACUGGGGGAACCCCUGGAACCACCGCUCCCCUGUCGGACAUAGACCAGAACAAUAUCACUGGGCAGCACUCCCAGGAAAAAUUCAUCAGGCUGAACAAUUUCCGGUGGAUCGUGCCAGCCAAUGGCGAGGUGACCCUGCGAGUGCACUUCUCCUCCAGCGAUAUCGGGAACUUCGACCAAACGUUUAACUUUGAGAUCCUUGGGACCCGCCGUCAGUACCAGCUCUACUGCCGAGGCGUCUGCACUUACCCAUACAUUUGUCAAGACCCAAAAGUGGUCUUUCCUCAGCGGAAGAAGGACAUAAAGGCAAACGAGAUCAUCUUUAAGAAGUACGUUAUGAGCACGAACAGGUUUUACUUCGGGCCACUGCUUUGUGGAAAAUCAAGAGAUAAGUACAAGUCAUCCAUCUUCCCCGGCAAUAUGGAGACGCUGACAAUCCUGAACAAUUCCCCAAUGCUUGUAGAGGUCUAUUUCUGUUUUCAGCAUGAUGUCAGGGCAAACACCUACUUCUUGGAACCGACCACCAUGAUCCUUAAGCCCAACGAGAAGCAGUUACUCAAUGUGUGGGCAUACCCAACUGCAGUGGGCCUCUUUGAAGACAGCAUCGUCUGCUGCAUCAAAGAGAACCCAGAGCCAGCCACCUUCAAAUUGGCCUGCCAGGGCAUCCGCCCUGAACUGGAGCUGGACCACAAGCAACUACAUUUCGAACGGCUCUUGCUGCACAGAAAAGAGUCCAAGGCAAUCCGCCUGCGCAAUGUCACCCCCCUGCCCGUGGCCUGGCGGAUCACCAACAUGGAGCACCUGGGCGAGGACUUCACCGCGUCCAUGAUGCAGGGGACCAUCCCUCCCAAGUCUGAGUACGGCUUGCACUUGCACUUCCAGCCCUCCAAGCCCAUCACCAUCAAGAAGGCCAUUCGGCUAGAGGUUUUGGAUGCAGACAAUCUCAUUGGUGUUGUUCAGAUGGAGAACAUCCUGAUCUUUGCCGAGUCGUACGACAUCGCCUUGGACAUCACCUUUCCCAAAGGAGCCGAGGGCGGCCUGGAUUUUGGCAUCGUGCGGGUCCUGGAGGAGGUGAAGCAACCCCUGCAACUGAAGAACCGGGGGAAAUACGAGAUCGUGUUCAGCUUUUCUGUGGACUCGUUAGGGUUGCCGGUGACCAACUUAAGUUCCAUGAUCUCAAUCCAGCCCAAGAAGGGUACACUCGCCACAACGGAAAAGCCCACAAACGUCCAGGUGCUACUUCGUGCAAAAAAGGAAGUCAGGAUUGAGCACCUGCCUGUCCUGCGCUGUCAUAUUAUUGAGCCUACUAUCUCGGAAGGGGGUGAGAUGAUUGCCAGCAUCCCAAUUAAGCUGACUGUGAAUGCAGUGUUCUCCAAAUACAGCAUCAGCCCUUCCAGCAUCAUCAACUUCGGAGCCUUGAUCUGUGGCACUCGUAAGAGCGCCACCUUCACCAUCGAAAACCAAGGGGUCAUUGACUUCAAGUAUGCCCUCUAUAAGCUGACAGGAGAGAGCUCGAGUCACCAAAAAAAAAUACCCAAUCAUGUGAAGCAUACAAGAACCAGGGAAAGUGAGAGCUUCUACAAGAGCGGACUUACCAAAGCUGCCAAGUUCUCAGAAUCGAUUCCGAAGGAAGUCAAUGUCUCGAGCCAGGCUCGAGUUACCCAUGGCAUGUUCACCGUGUACCCUGGGUUCGGCUCCAUCCCUUCCGGAGGGCUGCAGGUCAUCAACGUUGACUGUGUGGCUGACCCUGUGGGCAGGUGUGAGGAGCUCAUCGCCAUCGACAUAUCCGACCGCGACCCCAAAGACCAGCCUGCUGGAAUUCCUUACACUCUGUUGGCCGAAGCCUGCGUGCCAGCCUUCGUGACCGACAACAAUGCCUUGAUCUUUGAGGAGCACCAGGUCUGCUCCAACGUCAACCUGUACCACAUCCAGCACACCACAGGGCAUAAAGGACUGUUCGUGGAGGAUGAGAACAAGUUCGUGUUCUGCAAUGUCCUGGUGGGCCAUCAGGCCAAGGCACGGUUCAAAAUCAGCAAUAUGGGCAAGAUUGCCUGUGAUGUCAACAUUGCUGUUAAGCCUGUCUCCAAUAAGCCCAUUGCCCGCAUCACUGACAUCUUCGAAGUGGAGCCCAACAAGAUGUGCGUUGCGAGCCGCUCACACGCCUUCGCAACUGUGACUUUCACGCCGCAGACCAUGCAGACCUAUCAGUGUAUCUUCGAGGCCACUCUGGACGGCUUGCCCAGCAACCUGACCAAGAACCGAAACCUGGUGUUUGAUAUCGUGGGUGAGGGUAACCUCCCUCGAGUGAUGGUGGUGCGGCCCAUUCUCCACAACCAAUUUGGGAACCCCUUGCUCCUCUUUAAGAGGCUUCUGCUUGGUCGUUCAGAGAAGCUACCUCUCAUCCUGAAGAACAAUGGCACCAUCCCAGCCCAGCUCCACAUCGACCUGCGGGACCAACUAGGAGUCUUCUCCCUGAGAGGGAGGCCCAUGACCUCCUACAUCUACAUCUCUGAGGAAAACAGACCCAAAGCAAAAGCCAAGAAAGCUCACACAGCUUCUCUCGUCGUUUCCCCCGGAGAGACAGCCGAGUUUGAUGUCCUGUUCCGCUCCCAGAAAGUUGGGAGGAUGGAAGGCACCAUUCACUUGUCAGUGGUGGACAAUCAGUACGAGGAGACCAGCAUCCACCUGGUAGGCGAAAGCUAUGAAGAUGACAUCACCUUGGAGAACAUCCACGGACUGGUGACUUCCACCAACCAGAAGGCUUUGGAGAUCGCCGAGGAGAACGUCAUGGAAGACACGAUAACAGCUGCUCUGGUGGACCACAUCCAGUUUGGGGACUGCCACAUUGGCAACAGCUACAACGUGAGCUUCACAAUCAGCAACCACAGCCAAGCGACUCUGAUUCGGUUUGAAUGGCCAAUGUUAGCGACAAUCACUUUCUCCCCACAGAUGGGCCACCUCCACCCUGGGUGUGCCAAGGACGUAGUGGUGACCCUGAAGUCAGACUUGCCCAUAACCCUGAAGAAGAUGGGGAUCAAGUGCCGGCUCUCUAGAAUUGUCUUCUCGCUCCCUGAAGACCAGGUCCCCGACUGGGAUGACCGCAUGCACACGAUCAAGUGGAUGGACAUGCCCAAGAGCACAUCUGGAAAUUUCAACAUCAAAAAAAAAGUGAUAGAAACAGACCCAGAGCCUGCCCACACCGUCCUGGAAGAGCACUACCGAGAGCUCCAGCUGCAGAUCAGUGCCAAUGUGGGCUUUGCUUCCUACCAGUGCGAAACGAGUGAAGUGCACUUUAAGGAUACGCUGGUCUACCAGAGCCGAGUGUUUGAGUUUGAUCUGAUUAACUCAGGAAACGUGCAGCUGGAGUUCAACUGGGACCCAGAAGACCCCGGGAAGGCUGUCAGCUUUGCGAAGCCAGGAAACCAAGGAUCCUCUACUAAAGACCAGCUUAGCAUGGACAGCUCUCUGGAUAGCGCCACAGGCCACUGCAACGAGGACGUCCUGUUUCCCUUCUCUGUGGAGCCCUCCUCGGGCAUCGUGCUUGUAGGGAAGAAGCAAAGGCUCAAAGUGAAAUUCUCCCCGUUGGAUGUCGGAGACUUCGAGGGCAGCCUUUUCUGCCAGGUUCCCAACCUGCCAGCUGAAGAGACAGGCCCCAUCCUGCUGGUGAAAGGGCGAAGUCACCUGCCCUUCUGCCACUUUGAACUGCAGGAGUCGGACUACAUCAGUGGUCACCGGCGCAACUCAGAGCUCCGAGGACCUAAUGGUGGGACCGUGGAUCCCAACACCCGGGUGAUUGAGUUUGCCACUGUGGGCCUAGGUGGCAAGAACCUUCGGACCUUCACCAUCCUGAACCCCACCAACAGGGGCUACUCCUUCUGCUGGAUCACGGAAGACACCGAAAGCCUCCAGAGCCCUCCCGCUUUCACAUGCCUUACAGAGAAGGGCUUCAUCCACCCUGAAAAGAAAGCAGAGGUUGUGUUCCAGUUCACACCUCUCCAUCUUGACGUCACAGAAUCAUUCUGGACUUUCUUAAUCCCCGAACAUAAAAUCAAAGUUCCUUUCCUGCUAGUGGGCAAAACCACUGACCCUCUGAUCUCUCUGGACAAGUCGCACCUCAACUUAAGUUGUCUCCUCAUCGGCAGAGAGGCCCGGGAAACCGUGCAGCUCAUCAACAGGGAGGAGCAGGCGUUCAGCUUUGCCUUCCAGGACAACUCCCGGUAUUCGGAAGGCUUCAGCAACAGUCUGUUGGUGUCUCCCAUGGAAGGCUGGAUUUCCCCGUUGUCCAGGUUGUCUAUUGAUAUUUUCUUCACACCUAAGCAGGAGGGCGAAGUGAACUUUAACUUGAUCUGCAACGUGAAAAGGAAAGCCCAGCCUCUGACCUUGAACGUCAAGGCUGAAGGCUACACUAUGAAUGCGGAGAUCAAGUGCAAGGACAGGACUGGCUUGGUCACUCUCAUUACCCCCAGCCAGACCAGCGUCAUCAACUUUUAUGAGAUCAGCCACGGCCCCACGUUCACCUGCAGCAUCGUAGGGUACUCCGUGAGCCCCGCCAUGCACUUCUCCUUCACCAGCUACAACUUUGGGACCUGCUUCAUCUACCAGGCAGGGAUGCCCCCCUACAAGCAGGUGCUGUCUAUCACCAACAAGGAGGAAAUGUCCAUGAGCAUAGACUGUCUGUACACCAACACUGCCCACCUCGAGGUGAACUUCCGCGCUGAGGUGAUAAAGCCAGGGAAGACGCUGAUGGUCCCCAUCACCUUCUACCCCCGAGAAAGUAUCAGCUAUCGAGAGUUCAUCCCCUUUGAAAUAAACGGGUUGUCUCAACAGACCAUUGAAAUUAAAGGGAAAGGCACAGAAAUGAAGAUUUUAGUCCUGGAUCCAGCCAAUAGGAUUGUGAAGUUAGGAGCUGUUUUGCCUGGGCAGGUCAUGAAAAAGACAGUUUCCAUCAUGAACAACAGCCAUGCCCAGCUGACAUUUAACCUGUCAGCCCUGUACUUGGCUCCAGAACUCCAGGAACCCAAGGUGAUCACCUUGACGCCCUUCAACAACAUCAGCCUGAAGCCCAAAGAGAUCAUGAAGGUGGAAGUGAUCUUUGCCCCGAAGAAGCGCAUCCCCCUCUUCUCCGAGGAGGUGUUCAUGGAAUGCAUGGGGCUCCUGCGCCCCCUCUUCCUGCUCAACGGCUGCUGCCAGGCCCUGGAGAUCUCCCUGGACCAGGACCUCCUCCCCUUCGGGGCCGUCGUGUUUCAGACACAAGCCACCCGGCGUAUCCUCAUGCUGAACACGGGCGACGUGGGCGCCAGGUUUAAGUGGGACGCCAGAAAACUAGAGCCUCAUUUCUCCAUCACCCCAGAAGAAGGUUAUAUCACGGCCGGAUCGGAAGUGUCUUUUGAAGUGAACUACCACCCCACGGAGAUGGGGAAGGAGAGUGUCUAUAAGAACAUCCCCUGUUUCAUCCAGGGGAGCAAUCCCCUGAGCCUCACCCUGUCCGGAGUCUGCGUGGGACUACCUGCUGUCAAAGAGGUGGUGAACUUCACCUGCCAGGUGCGCUCCAAGCACACGCAGACCAUCCUGCUGUCCAACCGCACCAACCAGACCUGGAAUCUGCACCCCAUCUUUGAGGGGGAGCACUGGGAGGGGCCCGAGUUCAUCACCUUGGAGGCCCAUCAGCAGAACAAGCCCUAUGAGAUCACCUACAGGCCGCGCACGAUGAAUGUGGAAAAUCGCAAGCAUCAGGGGACCCUCUUCUUCCCCCUCCCGGACGGGACUGGCUGGCUAUAUGCUCUGCAUGGGAUGGCUGAGCUCCCCAAAGCUGUGGCCAAUAUCUACCGUGAAGUGCCAUGUAAGACACCCUACACCGAGCUCCUGCCCAUCACCAACUGGCUGAACAAGCCGCAGAGAUUCCGGGUCAUUGUGGAAAUGACGAAACCAGAGAAGGCAGACCUAAGCAUCACCCUAAAGGGCCUCGAUUACAUUGAUGUGCUGUCUGCCUCAAAGAAGGACUAUAAGCUGAACUUCUAUUCCUACAAGGAGGGCCUAUACGCUGCCAAGGUGAUCUUCCGGAACGAGACCACCAACGAGUUCCUCUUCUACACAGUGAGCUUCCGGGUCAUCCCCUCCGGGGCCAUCAAGGCCAUCGAGAUGACCAGCACGGUCCGGCAGAGCACGUCGGCCACCAUCAAGCUGGAGAACCCGCUGCCCUACUCGGUGACCUUCUCCACCGAAUGCAGGAUUACCGAGAUCAGCCUGCCCUCCCAGUUUGCAGUGCCAGCCAACUCCGAGGGCAUGUUCUCGUUUGAGUUCCAGCCACUAAAAGCGGGGGAAACCUUCGGGAAGCUUUCUUUGCACAACAGCGAAUUGGGUUACUACCUGUAUGAGCUCAACUUGAAGGCCAUUCCCGCCCUGCCUGAAAAGCCCGUCCACUUCCAGACCGUGAUUGGCAACAACCAGAGCGUCUUUGCCAAGUUCACCAAUUAUACCCGGCAGAAGACGGAAUACCUGUGCAGGACCGACUGUCCCGACUUCCACUCAGAAAGGGUCAUCAAUGCGGCAGCAGGAGCCCAGGGGGGCACCGAGGUCAGCGUGGAGGUCAUCUUUGAGCCCAGCCACCUGGGGGAGACCAAGGGCUCCCUGCUGCUGUCCUCGCUCACGGGCGGGGAGUACGUCAUCCCUCUCUUUGGGAUGGCGCUGCCCCCCAAGCCCCAGGGGCCCUUCUUGAUUCGGGCCGGCUACAACAUCAUCAUCCCCUUCAAGAACGUCUUCUACCAGACGGUGACCUUCUCCUUCAUCGUGGAGAACCCGGCCUUCACCAUCCGAGCCACUGACACCGUGCGGCCCAAGAAGAUCAACAACAUCACAGUCUUCUUCGAAGGGAACCCCUCUGGCAACAAGACGCCCGUCACCAGCAAGCUGAUUGUGUCCUGCACUCCUGGGGAAGGCGGCGAGGCAAUUAAGUGGGUGUACUAUCUGAAGGGGAUCACCCCGUAGCAGUAGCCAGGGUCAGCGGCCCCAGUGAGAAGCCACGUCCUCAGCCCUCCAGUCAACGGCAUUGUUCUAGCCUGGCAAAAUUGGACAAUGGCGCCUCCUCGUUCAAUCAGAGGAGACGCAUCAAGAAAAGAUAGAUCCUGUACUAAAACACAGGCCCACACCCGACAGACCAGGACGCUGGCUCCCUGACAGCCCCUGAAUUUAAUUUCUGGACAUUCCCCCCCGAAGCUCAGGAACACUGUCAAAAUCACCAUUUCCUAACAAAGCAGGUCACACCUGUGACCUUGCAUCCGACAGCACUUGGCAGCUCAUGAUCUGGAGCACUGCUGGUUCUUUUGAAAACCCACUGCUUGACAGUCUUUAGACACGCCCCCAUGCGUUAGAGUCGCAUUCUGCUCUCACAUAAAAGCCGAGCAAGUCACUCUUGUCAACAUGAUGGGCUUUGGAGCAGCCCGUGCUGGGAAGGGGCCAGGGACACUCCCCUGUGUGUCUGUCUUGACUUUUAUAUCAUCCGUCUGAACCCCAAGUCUGCGUCUGCUGGUGGCCAGUUUCUGGCCUUGCACUAACCAUAGCCCACCCCCCCACCUCCUGCCUCCCCCUCACCUGUGCUCAGCACUCAGCCUGCAGAGCAGGCGUGGUGGGGCAGAAUCUCCUAGAACCAACCUGGUCCAGAACCACCUCCCACCUCACUCCCAGCAAUGAUUCACUUGGCCUUGAAGGUGUAAGCAUCAUAUAUUUUAAUUUGUUUGAAAACAUAGGCGGCAGCAGGGUGGAGGGUGAGGUGACAGACCCUCCUUCCCUCAGCCACUUGUACUGCAGCUGAGCUGACAGCUCCUUCCACAGAAAGGACCAGGCCCCGGUUUGAUGGGCUUAAGCUGCAACUAUCCUGUGGUGGUGUUCUAGAGCUGAUGCGUGCAUAAAAGGUGAUGGUCUACAUCAGUGCUUUCUCCAGCAAGGAAACUUCUCGGGGAAAGCACUAAAACUGCCCCCAACUCCACCUCUCUGGGGGAAGUGGGGCCAUUCCCUCCGCCCAGAGACCUGCCUCCACAGCCUGCUCUUCCUUCGGUCCACAUGUGUUGCCAGCACCACUUCCCUGCUGACCCCGCACAGGUAUGCGCUGAAAUAAAGACUGUUAAAGAGUG